UUUCAAUAAAGAUAACAAAUAUAUGGUGCUAAAACUCAAAAUAAACUUCUUUAGUAUAUAAAUUAACAUAAACUUAAUCAUAUUUCUAACAAAAUGGAUUCAUUGGCCUUUGCAAUUAUUGCCAUCACUGAAGAAGCUACAUUAAAAAAGAAAAAACUAAAAGUUCAAAGAAAAAUUCUCAGAGAUGCUUGUAAUCCAUUUGAGUUAAACGACCAAAUAUUUCAAAGAAAUUUUCGUCUAAAUAAAGCAGCAUUCAAGUAUGUUUUGGAUCUGUUGAAACAGGAGUAUGACCCUGGGGUUUUCUCUUCUUCAAUAUCCCUGAUUUGUCGGCUCGCAGCUGUCCUAAGAUUCUUGGGAGAAGGUGGAUAUCAACUUGGUGUUGGAAAUGAUUACGAAGUUGGUAUGGCACAGUCCACUUUUUCCUCAAAUUUGACAAACGUUUUGAAGGCUCUCGAAAGACGUCUAUGUCAUUUGUGGAUUCAGCUUGAGAUGACCGAGACAGAAAAGCGACAAGCAAAAAGGGAAUUCUAUUCUAGGGCAAGUUUUCCGGGUGUGAUUAUGUGUGUUGAUGGGACCCACAUUAAUAUUGUUGCUCCAUCAGAAGAAAAGGGAUUAUACUAUAACCGUGAUGCUGGCUACCCGCUGGAACUUUGGCUUAUGACGCCAUAUCGGUCUGCCGAAGCCGAAAGUGCUAAAAGCAAUUACAACACAAGACACAGCAAAACUCGCAACGCUGUAGAAAGGACUAUUGGAGUUUUAAAAAAUAGAUUUAGGUGCAUCUUGGGUGCACGUCAACUUCAUUAUAGUCCAAGCAAAGCUGCGCAGAUUAUAAACGUUGUUUGUGCGUUACAUAACAUUUGCAUUACAUAUCGAGUAGAAGACUAUACAAAGAUUAUUCUACCUGAGUUGGAAGAGCAGGAAGUUGUUCCAGAGAAUACAAACGGAGAAGAGACAAAUACUCGCCGGAAUGCAGCACAAAUUAUGAGAGAUAACAUUAAAAAUACAUUUGUUCAAUAA